AUGCCCCCUAAGCUACGACAACAUUUUCACCAGAAGGCUGCCGCCGCCGCCGCCGCCGCGGAAGUGGAAUCAGGGAUUGCUGGUGUUGAGGAAACUCUCCGACGCCUUGGGUUAGUUGGGGGUGCGGAUAAAGCGGGUCGCAACUCAACGAGAGCGAAGGACUCUGAGGAGUACCUGGCAUCCAUCAGAAAGGCAAAAGAAGAGGCUGCCAGGCUUCUGCGUGAAAGAGAAUGCAGACAGUAUGCCGUGGAGGAACAAAAGCGAGAGGACGAAGUUACACUCUCCGGUAAUGAUAGGGAGAAGGCGCUGCAAAGUGUUAUUGAGGAGGCACGCUUUAUUUUAGAGGAGGAGAAGCGAAAGGCGAUGGAGUCUGUUACAAGGCAGCUUGGAAAGUCUGAUGAUCGUGUCAUUAGGGCAAAGGAACUCAGAGCCGCGUUGGCUGUGCGUGAUCGGGAAGUGAUGUUGAUGGAAGGUGUACAUAGUCCCGCGGUAUGUGGAGAAUCAAAAGAUAGCAUGGUUGUACCAGAUGUGAAGGAGCGGAGAAGGGCAUUAAAAGCCGCUGCCGCAAGAGAGUACUGUAACAUCAUUGCCAACGGAAUUGUUGAGUUGGCGAUUCGGGUCUUUGACAACAUGUACACUCCCAUAGUCUACAACAACAUUCCUUUGCGUCGAUUUCCACAGGAUCUCGGUGUGACGAAGUGGCGAGCAUGGGUGGAAGAGUUAAUUUUCUCCAAGACAGGAGCCAAACCUUUGAGCGAUCUUCUUGCCACGACAAGUCUUCGGGAGCUGCGUAAUACAAACUACAGGGCUGUGAAGAAUUUGGUGGGGGCGGCGGAAUCUGCGAAUGAUGUGAGCCAGUCCGUUGAGUUUGACUGCAGGGAGACUGUUGAUGGCAGGGAUGCAACGGAAACCUUUGACGGAAAUGCCUUUGAUGCGGAAACUGUUAUGAGGAAGGUUACGGAAUUGCAGUGUAGGCAUAGAUCGGGACUUAUCGCCAAAAGCGUGCAGGAAGCCACUCUCCUCCUCCGAUGUGAAGAAGAGAAGGAACUUGAAGCCCAACUAGAUGAUAUCCGUCGAACACACGAGGGGGACGCUGCAGAGGAGACAGUGCCCGGAUGGACACACAAACUACCGCCGGUGGGUUGUUUUUUGUUCGGUGAUGAGUUAAGUGGACUCAAGCAAAUGGCGGAGGCGCUAUAUAGUGAUGUCCCACUGGAAGCAACGGUCUUGUCGGGCAAACAGCGCACAAGCAACUCGCAACUGGCAGAUGUGACAAGGAAUACGUUCGACUGGGAUACCACCAGUGGUGACUGUAUGGCGCAUCGGGUUAUUUUGGCGUCUCAGCUUAUUCGAGGGCAUCAAAUGCACUCCGGUCAGGGAGGAUCCGGCUCUGCGUCAACCAGCGGCGCAAAGGUGUAUAAAGGCGCGGGUGCGUCGAGCACCGGAACUAGUCGACUGAAGGAUGUUAAACAAGCCGAAGACUUUGUGGAGUCCAAACAGUACAUCGACGCCCUUUGCGAAGCUCUUGUGAAGGAGCUCGUUGCGGUGUACCAAUACAAUAUUAUGCUCGUCCUACGUCCCUCUGCUGAUGCCUCUGAGGGUGUGACGGAGGCGCCUCCGAUGAUGCGUUUGCUGUUUCUAGUCGGCUUUCCAGACACAGAGGUGUUUUUACGCACUCUGCACCAACGACUUCAUCUGGCCCUUGAGGUACUUGAACACGAAGUUACACGAAUGCUUAGAGAGGAGGAGUGCGGCGAUGAAUGUGGGUCUGUUACACUGUUGGCUAGCAAGCACCCCAUGCGCCAGACGUUAUCCACUACCGCGUCCUCUACCCGCAAAAAGGGGAGCCGGCUCUGUUUGUCCCCAUCGACGAGGAGGUGUGGCAACUCUAGGUCAUCAGUUAUUGAAGCUGAGGAGACACCUCCACCACGGCUGCGUGUGUUCCCGCCAUUGUGUCUAGUGGGGGUAUUUCUGCAAUAUGACAUUCCCUCCCGCUACAGGCGGAUGCGGCAUGCGAGGAACCGCUCCACACUGACCAUGUCUGAGAUCCUUAGUCAAACUCCAUCUCCCCUUCUUUCGCAACCUUUUUCAGGCCCAACCCCGCCACAACAUGGGGAAGAGGAUACCGGCGAUUCUUUUGCGGAGUGGCCAGUGUGGCGAUUGCGAAUGGAACUCAUUCAACAAGACCGGAAGAUGCGUCAAUCCUGGAAGACGUGGUGUGCGCGCGUGUCUAAGGCUGGUUUAUCUCACAUUUCUGAGGGAGAACGAACCCCGCAUGUGGAGAAGGUAAAAAGGCGGGGACGUUCGUCCGUAACACAUGGAAAAUCUAACGAGAAUGUAAGUUCAAACAUAAGCCAAACUCCUAUCCCGCCAGGACUUGCGGUGCCGAAGGUUCUCUUCUUCGAACGGAGGGAAAACCUUCCCGAGAACACAGAACAUGGGGAUCUCGUACUGUACCUUAUUUUGAACCUAAAAUAUGAACUGAGGCCCAUUGCUAACGUUCUUGCUAAUAAGUCCCUAAUACCAGGGCAACUGGCUUCUCCAUUGAAGCUCAGUGACUACCGAUUACCGUUGACCGUGCUUGCUCAGCUGGUGGAGGUUCACGACCGAUUCCAUGCUCGUUGGAAUGACUUAAUGGCUCUUACCCCCCAGGUGGUGCAGGAUUCAGUGUUGACUGGGUCAUCAACACGGGUGCAAAGCAGGUGUGCGACCGAUGAAGGCAACGACGGGGAGGGGCCCCCGAGGUGGGAGACCGCAAUAGCUCUCGAAGCCGAAAUGCAUCGCGUCUUUCAUGUAAUUUUAUCGGAUUUGUUGGAUUUUCUGACGGAUGAGGUUUUUCCACCAUCUCUUUGGGGUGGGAGAACCGAUUCGAUCCCCCCCGUCACCCCGACUAAUGUAUCCUCUGGCGAUAGACUCAGUCGUACUUUGCACUUCAUGACUUUAGAUGAUAAUUAUGGCGUUUCGCGCGAGGCACUGUAUGGCUUAAUGUCCGAGGGAUUAACCAAGCUUGACACUGUUAGUGCCUUGUUACUUCGUCAGGUUCUCGAAGUUGCGUUGGCAGAUGUGGGGGAAGCGCUUUCUGGUCUCUGCGCGUGGGCCCAUAGUCACAUGCUGUCCGCUCCGCGGAUUCCCGCAGAAAAGGGGAAUACAACACCCAGUCCAGGGAGCCCAACGUUUUCACCUGUCCGCAAUCAUUCUCUUCCGAGCAACUUUUCAACCUAUGAUUUUGUAAAGAGAGACUUUCUUCGCGCCGCCCCACGUAUUGAAUUUGAUGAGAUACUGCAUGCCGUGCAGCAAUUAGAUGGUAGAGCCGAGGCGGUCGAGAAUUUUCAGUAUUUCAUGUGGGCAUAUUCGUCGCGUGUUCACGAGACGGCGCUGUCGUGUUUGUUGGACUCUAUAGAUGGUAUUAGCAAGAGGUUAAGCGUUGAGGUCUCUAACAGUUGGGAUGUUACGGCUCCCCGAGUUAUUCGUCAAUUGUUGUCCGAGCUGUUUGCUGUUCCGCCACUGGAAGGGAAUGAUGGAUUUGAAGGUGGCGCAGCGGAAGAAAGGCGCUGCGAUACUGUUUAUACCCCUACUCAGAAUAAUGUACUUCCUGUAGACUCACCAUCGCCGCCGUCGCCUCCCGCAAUCUCAGUGUCUGUGGGGCGUUUGGUGGCAGCCAUCGCAUUACUGCGCCGCUGCUGCAUGACAUCUGCAAUGUGUGCGGCCCGUUGGGUGGAUGACAUGUACGCGGCGUCACUUAGAAUUCCACCUAAUGGUAGGUUUCCAUCCGCGUGUCGCCCGUCUGACGUUGCGGGCAUCUUCCUACCGCCUGUUGCGGCUCAGGAGGAGAUUGCCUCGCGGUCGUCACUGGCAGUGCAGUUGAUGGAACAGUUGGUCCCAACGUUCAGCAUCGACUCGGUGAAAGAUCGGAACUGCUGGGAAGAGACUGGAGUUGAGUUAGUUUUGCAAAACUUUUCCAUGUACCAAAAGGGCACUGUGAACGAAGAUGAGUUCACCCACUGUGUUCUUCAGGCGCAGCUCAACUGCAUUUGGAAACUGCUACCCGAGGGGUUGCAUACGAUCGCCAGGGACAUUGGUUUUACCCUUCCCUUCGCGCCAAAGGAUUGUAGCGGUGAGUCGGCGCAUAUUAAAGGUGUGUCGGACUCCAUGUUCUCAUGGAUGAGGCUCAGGCACUGCAAGGGUGUAGCUGAGACGCCCGUGCUAACUGGAGAGGAUUGCGCUCGCAUCUUCCGCAAUGCGGUUCGCUGCCAGAAGUAUGUUUUACUUCAGAUGGAGUACUCCUCGAGGGCACGACGGACUACACUUUCAUCCACCGUCACCCAGAGUGGCAUGAUGGCGCGGUGGUGUAAAAGACCCGUGCUUCAUCUGCAGCAGUUUCUCGUGGAUCUUCUCUUUCGUCAGCCCUAUCCUUCCGGCGCAUCCAGUGCCGACUACACGAAGGAGUGUAGCCUGGUGAACGAACCUUCCACCAAGGAGUUGCGUGAGAUGGUGCAGUCGUUCCCCCCAGAGUUGCGGGAACAAGGACCUGAUCAGGUGGACGGCACUGCAUCUAUAACAAUGGAGGCCUGGCACCGCAUCAAGUGGUGGCAUUUUUCCACGAAUGCUUCCAAGGCAAGUUGGGAAGACUUCUUGAAGUGCUACCUUUUUCGUGUUCUUACCGUUUCGUUUGAACUCAAGAAUGGCGUCCUGUGCUCACGUCUGUUGCCGCGCCUUCCAGACUUGUUGUCUGCCAUCGCGCGCACACGGGGGGCUCAGGCGACUGUGGAGCGCUAUUAUCAUGCCCUUGUUGCGCUGGACGCUGCACGGACGAAGAAACUGCGUCAUUCCCAGUUGGUAGAAACGCCACUGCUGGCCGAAGCGGGACAAAAUCAUGCAUAUACAUUAGCCUCCAUAAAGGGUUCAUUGUUGGCCCUCUCUCCGCUAUCGGUGUUUGAUCUCACGUUGUCGGUGAAGGAGGCUUUGUACUUUUUUCGACCGGCGUUCGACAGCUGCGCUCCAGGUUGGAGUGCGGCGACACAGGGCAAUGCUGAAUCGACUUCGCCGUAUCGUUCCGUGCGUGGCAGGUAUUCACUUGGUGGUGAAGGGAACAGCAAGAUCAGCGAGGAUGAGGAAAGUAGUGGCGAGUAUACCAUUUCCCUCGAGGAGGACCUCAUCCUUCUGCUGGAGAUUGAAGGCCGCACAGCACUGUCUUUGCCCCUACUGAGUUCCUCACACUGGGGGCGGCACGUAUUGCCACGUCUGACGGUCAUUUAA